UAAGCUCCGGUUGCCGUCCGCGCUGCCGUCGCCGAGAGCCACCUCCCAGGGGGUCAGGUCGCCCCUGUUGGCCGUUGUCCGGAAGAGUAAAAGUGGGUCCUGCCACGCCCGGAGCUCCCCGGCGCCUCCCCGGGCCGGAGCUGGAGAACGCGUCCCGGGGCGGCAGCGGCGUGGGGCGGGACGGGAGCCCCCUGGAGGGGCAGCCCCGAGGGAGCCUGCUGCGGCCCGAGCGGUAAAGCUAAGUGGCUGGAGGAGCAUAUCUAGAGGCAUCUGCCAUGUCGCGGAGAAGGUUUGAUUGCCGCAGUAUUUCAGGCUUGCUGACGACAAUGCCUCAAACCCCAAUGAAAAUGGAAAACUUUAAUAAUUUUUAUACACUCACAUCUAAAGAGCUAGGAAGAGGAAAAUUUGCUGUGGUUAGACAGUGUAUAUCAAAAUCUACUGGCCAAGAGUAUGCUGCAAAAUUUCUGAAAAAGAGAAGAAGAGGACAGGAUUGUCGAGCAGAGAUUCUGCAUGAGAUUGCUGUGCUUGAGUUGGCCAAGUCCUGUCCCCACGUAAUUAAUCUUCAUGAAGUCUAUGAAAAUGCAAGUGAAAUCAUUUUGAUAUUGGAAUAUGCUGCCGGUGGAGAAAUUUUCAACUUGUGUUUACCUGAAGUGGCUGAAAUGGUCUCUGAAAAUGACAUUAUCAGACUCAUUAAACAAAUACUUGAAGGGGUUUAUUAUCUACAUCAGAACAACAUUGUACACCUUGAUUUAAAGCCACAGAAUAUCUUAUUGAGCAGCAUCUACCCUCUUGGGGACAUAAAAAUUGUGGAUUUUGGAAUGUCUCGAAAAAUAGGGAAUGCUUGUGAACUUCGGGAAAUCAUGGGAACACCAGAAUACUUAGCUCCAGAAAUCCUAAACUAUGAUCCUAUUACCACAGCAACAGAUAUGUGGAAUAUUGGUAUAAUAGCAUAUAUGCUACUAACUCAUACGUCCCCAUUUGUGGGCGAAGAUAAUCAAGAAACAUACCUCAAUAUUUCUCAAGUUAAUGUAGAUUAUUCAGAAGAAACUUUUUCGUCAGUUUCACAGCUGGCCACAGACUUUGUCCAAAGCCUUUUGGUAAAAAAUCCAGAGAAGAGGCCCACGGCGGAGUCCUGCCUCUCUCACUCGUGGCUGCAGCAGUGGGACUUUGGAAACUUGUUUCACCCUGAAGAAACUUCUGGUUCCUCUCAGAGUCAGGAUCAUGUGCUGUGGUCCUCUGAAGACAGGACCUCCAAGUCCUCCUGUAAUGGAACCUGUAGUGACCGAGAGGACAAAGAGAACAUCCCGGAGGAUAGCAGCAUGGUGUCCAAAAGGUUUCGCUUUGAUGACUCGUUGCCCACUCCCCAUGAACUUGUCUCAGAUCUGCUCUGUUAGCACGGGUCUCUUUGACUCGCUUGGACUGCAUUUGGAAUUUGAAAUCCACUCCCAUGUGAGAUGGUGGUUUGCAGCUUCACAUAUGGCAUGUUUAUAUUGUAAAUGCACUUUUGCAUAGCAGAAUUUAGGGAAGAGUUUUAAUGCUAAAUUACUAGCUGCUAGUAGAAUUUUAUUUCCUAUCCUGAGAUAUCAAGUCUGCAGAGAAGAAGAUAUUUAAAUAUAUGACAAAAAAUAAAAUUGUGCAUUUGAGUUUAUAUAUUAAUGAAAGAAUUCAAAUUCAAAUGGAUUUUUCUAAGUAUUUUACAUAUCAGGAAAAAAGUGGUUUGAAUUAUAUUGUGGUUGAUGCAGACUGAACAAAAUGAAGACGUUUGAAUUUGAUAUGUUCUCUGAGGUGAAUCCUGUACUGUGCUUCUGUUGACAGAAUUUUGUGUAGGAUAGCAGUGUCAAGUUUAAGCAAGAAUAUAUACUGUUUUAUAGAUGCUCAAGAGAUAUUUUACACUUGAAAAUGGUUUUCAAUGACGAAUGUUUUGAAACUGUGUAAGAUUGCCAUAUAUAUGUUCUGCUAUAUGAGAUAGAUCCUUCAACCAGAGCAAAGAGGGAGUUAGAAGCCUGAUUUAGGGGUAUUCUAUACAAGUUGGAGCAGAGAAAAGAGUAGCAUGGCAUGAUUUUUUAACUCAGAUGUCUUUUGCCCACUCUCAGCACACUUCAGAUUUAACAAGGUCUGAGAAAUGGAGAAUAGAUGGUAUACAAGCAUAGGGGACUUUCAUCCUCCAGAAUUUCUGGAGUCGAAGAUACUUAGGUAAAACUGAAUGUGCACUCUGUUUAGUCUGCAAAAUAUAUUUAUUAAUUGAGUGAAGAAGAAAAUGCUGACAGACAACUUAACAGAAUUUAGAUGUCUUUUAAGUCUUAGAAUACAAGCCAGUCAUUCAGAGUUCUAAAAGUCUGCAUAAAAAAUAUCGUAACACCAGCAGGACUGUGAACACAAUACGAGAGUCAGCAGUAGUGACCGUGAUCAUAAAGCAUGGUGGCGUCAACUCCUCGAAAGUGCUUGUGUAAAAUUCCUGGCAAGUGGUGGGCGCAGCAGAAGGUGGUGUGCACAGUGGCCUCUAAUGACCUUUGCUGGGACCAAUGCAAGUCAGAGUCUAGGGACAGCAGAAUGUUUGACCUGUGGCUGCUGACUUGUGUUCAGUCCUACUGGGGGCAGAUUCACUCCUUUUUGGGUAAUCUUUGGUGACUUUGCACCUGGUGACUAUCAAAAAGCCUGUUAUUAUGUUAAGAUAACUUUAACCUCAUGACCAUGUUACUAUAUCAAAAAGAUAUUUUGAUUUAAAAAAAUCUUGCAUUUCCCCCCUUUGAAUUAUAUAUUACUGUAAAACCUUUAGUUUCUUGAAAUUUGGUUAGACUCCAAAUAACUUAAAACUGUUCUUAAUAACCAUCAGGUCACUUUAUUUGGCUAAAUGGUGAAUAACUUUUACAUCUUCAGCAUUUCUUAAAGGAAAAGUUAAUUCUACUUGUGUGUGUGUGCAUAUGUGUAUAUGUAUAUGUAUUGUUGUAUGUAUAUAUGUAUAGAUGGAUAAAAUAUAGUCUUUAGACAACUUUCUUUUAGAGAUCUUUACUGCAGUAUAUUGUUCUCAACUCAGGUGCCAAAGGAGCUCUCUUCUUACGACAUGUAAAUAUACGUUUAAAUUCUUUAAGAAGUAGCUUGUUGGUUCAAUAAACUAGCCAUUGCAGAAGCUAAA